AUGGCGUCUGUUAAACAGCUGCUUGAGAGAUCACUGAAUGAACUGAAAAACCCUGAACUGAAGAAAUUUCAGUGGCAUUUAAAGAAUGAUAAGCAUAUGUCAGAGUCUGAAAUGGAGAAUGCAGAUAGGUUAGACACAGUGGAUAAGAUGGUAGCAUGUUUUGGACAUAAAGACGCUGUGAAGAUCACAGUGGAGUUCCUGAGGAAGAUGAACCAGAAUAAUCUGGCUGAGCAGCUGGAGAAGAAUCACAAGCAAGGCUCAACUGCUCAAGCUGCUCUUCAUGAUUUCACAGAGACCAGCCUCAGACUGAAGAACAAAUUACAAAAGGAGUACAAGCGUAUAUUGGUUGGUAAUUCACAGACAGGUCAUCGGGAAUACCUGAACGAUAUCUACACUAAUUUAUAUGUGGUGGAGAAUGACACUGGAGGAAGAGUGGAUGACCAUGAGGUGAUACAGAUCGAAUCAAAUCGCAACCGAUUGACUGCCAAGGAGAAGCCAGUUGAUUGUAAUGAAAUGUUUCAAGUUCAGUGUGGCACGGGGCGAGAAAACAGAACAGUACUGACAAUGGGGAUCGCAGGAGUGGGAAAAACGGUCUCUGUCAAUAAAUUCAUCCUUGACUGGGCUGAAGGAACAAAAAAUCAGAAUAUAAUCUUCAUAUUUCCACUUCCAUUCCGUGAAUUGAAUUUGAUUAAAGAAGAGUACAGUCUCAUGGGACUGCUUCACAAAUACUUCUUUAGUCCUAAAGAACUGCCCUAUCUUCCUGAAGGUGAUGGUAAGGUUUUGUUUAUCUUUGAUGGGCUGGAUGAAUGUCGCUUUCCUUUGAGCUUUAAAGAGAGUGACAUAUUUACAAAUUUAAAUGAAAAAACAACAGUGAGUAAGAUAAUAACAAACCUUAUCAAGACACAUCUGGUUCCAUCUACUUUCAUCUGGAUCACAUCCAGACCAGCAGCUGCCAGUCUGAUACCCAGAGACUACAUUGAUCAAGUGACAGAGAUGCGAGGGUUUAACGAUCAGCAGAAAGAUCAAUACUUCAGAAAUAACUGUAAUCCAGAGGUUUCUGAAAACAUUAUCGGUCAUAUCAGGAAAUGCAGGAGUCUGUACAUCAUGUGCCACAUCCCCGUCUUCUGCUGGAUCACUCUGACUGUUCUUCAGCCUCUACUGGCUCAAGAGAGCAAUGACAAAACACCAACAACUCUCACAGGGAUGUACAUAAACUUCUUAAUUUCUCAGCAGCAACAGAUGGAAAGAAAAUACUGUGAUGACCCUCAACCAAAAGCCAAUGCAAGGUAUUUUGAUGAGAUUAUUCUGAAGCUUGGGAAACUGGCCUUUCAACAGCUUGAGAAAGGAAACCUGAUUUUCUACAAAGAAGAUCUUGAGGAAUGUGGACUAGAUGUCAGUGAAGGGACAGUGUACUCUGGGUUAUGCACUCAAAUAUUUAAAGAACAAAAGGCAAGAAAUGUUUACAGCUUUGUACAUCUCAGUGUCCAGGAAUUCCUUGCUGCCCUCUAUGUGUUUUUGAAGGGCACAGAUGAGAAAGCUGACAUGUUCAAUCAAUCCUGGAGUGAUAAACUGACAUGGAAAUUGUCCGAAAAGCCACUCUUUCAGCUUCAUAAAGCUGUAGUCAACAAGGCUUUACAAAGCAAGAACGGACACCUGGACCUUUUACUUCGGUUCCUUCUGGGUCUCUCACUGGAGACAAAUCAGAGAGACCUGAAGGAACUACUGCCAGUACUAAAACUCAAUACAGAGAACAUGAAAGACACUGCUGACUAUAUCAAAAAGAAAAUAGAAAAGGAAAAAUCAGUAGAGAGGACCAUCAAUCUCUUCCACUGUCUAAGUGAACUGAAAGAUAACUUUGUAGAGGAAAUGCAGAAGAAACUGACCUCAGGAAAUCUUUCAGCACAGAAUCUCUCCUCUGCUCAGUGGUCUGGUCUGAUGUUUGUGCUCCUCAUGUCAGAAGAGACUCAAGAGAUGUUUGAACUGCAGAAAUACGGAAGAUCUGAUAAAGCACUGAUGAGACUGCUACCAGUGAUCAAAAACACCAGAAGAGCACUGCUACAGCGGUGUAAUCUCACUGCUCAGUCCUGUGAAUGUUUGACUUCAGCUCUACAAUCCUCAAACUCUGUCCUGAGAGAGCUGGACCUCAGUAACAAUGACCUGCUGGAUUCAGGAGUGAAGCUUCUCUCUGAUGGACUGAAGAAUCCAAACUGUCAGCUGGAGAUACUGAGGUUGUCUGGCUGUAUGGUGACAGAGGAAGGCUGUGGUUAUGUGUCUUCAGCUCUGAGUUCAAACCCCUCACACCUGAGAGAGCUGGAUCUGAGCUACAAUCACCCCGGAGAUUCAGGAGUCAAGCUGCUCUCUGAAAAAUUGAAGGAUCCAAACUGCGCACUGGACAAACUCAAUGUGGAUCAUGGAGGAGAGAUCAGGAUUACAGCAGGACUACGCAAAUAUUCCUGUCAGCUCACUUUGGAUCCGAACACAGCGAAUAAACGCCUCCAUCUGUCUAAGAGGAACAAAGUUGUUACUGUUACUCUCAAAGAUCAGUCUUAUCCUCGUCAUCCAGACAGAUUUGGUGAUGUGAUUCAGGUGUUGUGUGAAGAGAGUGUGUGUGGACGCUGUUACUGGGAGAUUGAGUGGUCUUGGGAUGAUAUUCAUGUUGAUAUAUCAGUGUCAUAUAAGAGCAUCAGCAGGAAGGGACGGGGUAAUGAGUGUGUGUUUGGACGUAAUGAUCAGUCCUGGAGUUUGAUGUGCUCUGAAUUCCGUAACUCGUUCAUACACAAUAAUAUAAAGACUAAACUCCCUCUGGAGCCCAUCAGAAUAGGAAUGGAUCUGCAGAAUAGAAUAGGAGUGUAUGUGGAUCACAGUGCAGGAAUUCUGUCCUUCUACAGAAUCUACAAAGGCACAAUGAGCCUAAUCCACACAGUCCAGACCACGUUCACUCAGCCACUCUAUCCUGGGAUUAGGUUUCGUUCUCCAUUGUUUAUUGCCAUCAAUGAAGCAGUGAAACUGUGUUGA